AUGGGCGCCUCGCCAUCGCAAGGUAUUCCGAGCGUUAUCGGGCAGGGAGCAACCCCAUACAACUCAGUGCAGAGCGUGUGUGCUCUUCCGGCGGACGACGAUUUCAAUGCAAUCGACGGAAGGCCUACAAUCCCAGAAGCUCCGAUGACCUCUCAGCCCGACAUGCACCAGGCUCCUCCCGUUGAGCUGGCCACACCGCCCAGCACCGCGCAAGAAGACGACAUUGCAGUCAUGUCCGAUCGUUGCGAGAAUGAGGACACCAUCGACCAGAUUGCGGGCGCCUCAUAUCUUUCAAUAUGUUCCGAUCCUGCCGCCGAAUGGGUUUCUCGGCAGAUAGGCAGUCCCGACUUCAUCGCGAGCGCUCGUCGCCUUUCCGCAGAUGUUGUUCGAGGAGAACGGCUAGACCGCGUCAUCGGAGCCACGCGAACACCAGAGCCUAGCAUGGACCAGGCCAUCCAAUGGACAGAGGCGUACUUCAACGGCGGUCUCGAUUCGGUUUUCGGUGUAUUGGAUCGCAGGAAAUACUUGGCAAGGCUGCGUAUGCAUUUCGAGGCUGGGCCGGAUGCAUCCGUCGAUCAGGCCUGGUAUGCCCUUCGGAAUAUCGUGUAUGCAUCCGGGUGCCGGCUGGCCCUGUCGGAGGAUGCGAGCCCAGCAGCCUUCGCCGAGUCGAGAUCGCAGUCUUGGCGAUACUACGAAAACGCCCUGUCUGUCCAUAAUAGUCUCAUCUACACCAAGACCAGUCUCGACUCAGUCCGUGCGCUAUUGUUGAUGGCGUUCUACGGGGAAGCCCUUGGGAGUCCAGGGCUUGAGUACAUGAUGCUCUCAAAUGCCAUCCGCCUUGCCCAGGCCAAAGGCCUCCAUCUAGGGACACCAGUCAAUUGGAAUCUGACUUCGGAAGAGACGGCGUCACGGCACUGGCUCUGGUGGACCUUGUAUUCUUACGACAAGCAUCUGACAUAUCGGUGUGGCCGUCCCUCUGUAAGCGCCUUUCACCUAGGGUCUCUCUUCAGGAUACUAACGCGUCUCGAACUUAAGGCAAUCGAUGAUGACUACAUCAGUUGCCCAAUUCCUGCCAUGCCUUCUCAUAACGCUGAGAUGAUUGAUCUAUUUCGCAUCAAGACUGCCGAACAUGCACAAAUAUCAUCCGCCAUCUCGAAAAAGCUCACUAGUGCGCGGACAAUCCACGAUCCUCCCGAGAAGCUCAUGGCCACCGUCCAAGAGCUCGAGAACCGCUUGGAGACCUGGCGGCAGUCCUUACCACUUGCCUAUUGGGCGCGGCCACCUUUCAAGAACUUUUCAGUGACUCAUGGACACGAGCUCGUCCACACCCUCUACCUUCAAUUCUCGUAUCACGUCUCUACUAUUGCCACGCAUGGCAUAUUCUGCUACCCCUGGAAUAGAGCCGACAUUCAUGGCAGUACCAACCCGCAGAUACGGGCGCAGAUACAGGAGAGUACGGAGAAGGUGGCUGAGGCGUCACGCCAGAUCAUUCUGGGGACUCAACGGAUUGAGAUCACAGCUGCGCUUCCGCUCUGGCUUACCUUCUACUUCCCACUCGUCGGACUGAUCAACCUGUUCAUCUCCGUACUGAAGCGGCCCUUGAGCCCUUCGGUACCAUCUGAUCUGUCUUUGAUGGACAUUGUGAUCGGCCAUUUUGGGUACCUGGAGUUUGUUUCAUCAUCGGAGUUAGUUUUUGCCUUCCCGAGAGAAAUAGCAUCCUAUGCACGGACACUGGUAAAGAAGGCUCGGGAAAGUCCUGAAGCUGCCAUGCAGGGCCCAUUGGCCGACAGUAAGGAUAUGGAAAUGAGUCCCAACUCCUUUUCCAACAUUCCUUUCUUGACCGAGGUAAGCGAGCCACAUUCCGGAACCAUGGGGAACAGAAUGGCUGAUCCAGAUGAGAAGGCAUCAAACAUGGAAUUCGAUCUCGACAGUGCUUUUGUUGGACUUGAUGAUUGGCGCACAUUUCUGCCGUCGUACUCCCAGGGGCCAUCCUUCAUGAUGAGCGGCUCUGCGACUUAG